AACGUCUCUUGAAAGCUCAGGGGUUAUUGAAGUUGACUAUUUCCUUGUCUUUUUGUAUUUUGAAAAGUAAAGCUUUGGUUGCCAUGGAACUGGACACGAAGAAACAGGUAGAACAGUUGGACAACUGUAACUCUGAGCCUCCAAGUAUGAGAAGUGAGCAAGAUUGGAACUCGAAUAACUUAUAUGCCAAAAGACCUGAUUUGUCGACUGACAAAGUGCUAUGGAGUGUUUCUCGAUUGUGCACUGCCUUUGAAGUGUGGAGAAGGAAGGAUCUUUCCAACAACGAAAAGUUGAAGAGAAUCAGUAGCGCAAAAAUAUCACGAAAUAUGGAAAGAAAACUGGGAAGUACCAUUUCACAGCAACUUUCGUCGUUUGUGAGUGAUGAGGAAGCUCAGAAAUAUUCCGUCACGUGGGAAGACGUGGAAAGAUUGUACCACUUUUGUGGACCUUAUUUAUCCCUCCCACAAGCCAAUAUUGCAGGCUUUCUUGAUUUGGUUGCUGGUCAGUUUAAGGGAACCAGCAAGGAUGAUACUAACCAAGUGGUAGAUACAGAUAACAUAGAACCAAGUCCUGGAAAUCGAGUAGAAGCUAGCCUAUAUGGAUCUCGAAAGGGAGAAAUGGGAACACAGAACACUGUUAUAUCGAAAAGCCCUGAUGUCUUCAUAAACUUGGAAACGAAAUUAUCACCACAACAUAAACGUGCACGUACUCGUAAUCUGGUGGAAAACAAUGACGUUGAUUUGUACAAUUUCUUUCAAAGAAUUCCGGAAACCACAAGGUCUCGAAGCGAAAGCAUUGAUGAGCCGAAUAAGCUUCGUGCGAAUUUUGCCUCUGAAAAUUUGCAAGUUUCAGGAACUUCCUCCAGUGGUUUUUAUCCUUCCAAAUAUGCGAAAGAUGAUUCAAAUAGGAAGCGUCUUUCCGCAGCUUGGGAAGUCGUUUCUUCCACAAUACAUUCUUAUAGAUUGAAAGGACAACCAACUAUUGAAACACGCCCGAACAAGACCGCAUUACAAUGUGAUACGAACUAUAAUACAUUUGAUACUGGAAGUACAGCAAGAAAUGUACUAGAACAGGUCUUAUCCAUGGAUACAGGUAUUGUUCGAUGGUGUUUGAUGGAAUUUUUCGAUUCCUACGUCGACUCUACUUAUCUCAACUUCUCCGAAUUUUCUGAUGUGCUUGAGAAGGAAAUGGGAAUAGACACAAAUAUACUCCUCAGUAACAGGGAGUGGCAUUUCCUUCGAAAGGCUAUGUGCGAUAUUUUUUCGUCUGGAACAAAGCCGAGGCGUUUAUCUAAAAAAUUUUUAUUGGAAGAAAGACAACGGUUAUGUAGUUACAGAAACCUAGUUCGUCAGUAUCUGAUCAAUUCUCAGCAAGUGGAGUUCUAUCCUUGGGCUCCAUGUCCGUCCAAGUCUCUUACGGUUGGUUCAAAAGUGAUUGCUCGCAACUGGAUGAGAGGGGAAGUUUACUCAGCAUAUGUUGUAACGUUAAACCCUUUGAAGGAACAAAUAACUGUGAAGUUUGAUGAGGCACAAUUAGCUUCUUCAUCUAUCAAGGACACUGAUGUUAUGAUUCCAGAGUCUACUGCUCGACUCUCGAAUGAAGAUGAAACCACUUCUUCUAAAGACAAUCAACCAAACACGGAAUAUCUUUUGAAAAAAUUGCAAAACUUGCAAGCAGCGGAAGAAGAGUUGAAUUUGUUUGACACGACCAACCUGCAAGGCAAUGAAGUCAUUUUUGAAAUCCUGAAACGCAAAUCUCAUAUUGCGUCCUUAAAUCUCGAAUGCGAUGAACUGUUUUUACAGACUUUUCCGCAUCUUCGAGACUGUCACGAUUUGAAAUACUUGAGUCAAAUUUCGAAGAUUUUGUUGAGGGGAAUUGUAGGAGACGACGAAUUUUUCCAGGGAAAUGUAGAAUCAGUAAUGAUUUCCCUUAUCAAUGUUCUCAUGAGUGCUUUCCAAGUUGUCAAUUUUUCAACUUUAGAAAAUUCGGACGGUACAAGUCAAUCGCUACUUAUGUCAAGUCUGCAAAACUUGGAAAAACUUAUGACCGACAAAAAUAGGCAAUCCUUUGCCAUUCUGAUGGAGUCUGUGAAACAACUGUUUUCGACGUUUUAACCUGUUGUGUAAAUAUCCCUAUCGUAGGAAUGUGAAUAUCGAUGAUCGAGAAUAGAAAACCAAUGAGGAAACGAAAUAAAUUUUAUCGUAGCAUU